CUCAUGCACUUGCAUCACUAAUUCUAAUUGAUAUUGUUAAUUAAACACAUACAGUUUUGUUAGAAAAUGUCCUACGGCGGCGGUUACAAUCCAUAUGCAGGACAGCCUGGCGGCGGUUAUGCUGCACCUCCCGGAGCAUUUCCCCCACAAAAUGCUCAAGUUUCUCCACAGGCGCAACAGUGGUUUGCUAUGGUAGAUCGGGAUCGAUCCGGAAAGAUCAAUUCGACGGAAUUGCAGGCAGCCCUUGUUAAUGGGCGUGGCGAACACUUUUCGGACAAUGCUUGCAAACUGAUGAUAAGCAUGUUUGAUAAUGACGCCAGUGGAACUAUUGAUAUCUAUGAAUUUGAAAAGCUAUACAACUAUAUCAAUCAAUGGCUGCAAGUCUUUAAAACUUACGAUCAAGACAGCUCUGGACACAUUGAAGAGAGCGAGCUAACUCAGGCUUUUACCCAAAUGGGUUUCCGUUUUACGCCCGAGUUUAUCAACUUCCUGGUGAAAAAGAGCGAUCCCCAGAGCCACAAAGAAGUCUCGGUGGACCAAUUUAUUGUUCUGUGCGUGCAAGUUCAACGUUUCACAGAGGCUUUCCGACAACGCGAUACCCAACAAAAUGGCACCAUUACCAUUGGGUUUGAGGACUUUUUGACCGUGGCCAUUGGUUGUUCGUAUUAAACUCGCUGGCACCCUCCAAUCCUGAGUGCAAUCCACAUUACAUAGACAUAUAGUCAUUAUAUAUACAAUUUGAUUCCGUUUUGCAGGCAUUUUGUUGUUUUUUUUCUCUAUAUAUCUUUCACGUGUUAAAUCUGUAUUAGUUGCAAUCUCCUAUUAAUCGCCUUUGAACUCACACAAACAAACAAACACACUCGAACAGUACAAAAUCUCUUGCGCCUAAUAAAUAAAAGAAAUGAAUAUAAA